UCUCUUUGGAUUGAAACCAAAUUGAAGAAGCAGCACCCUCUGGACUGCAUCUGAACAAUGGAGGCAGCUCUAGCAAAAACGCCAGAGAAAAGGCAAGUCGUUUUUAUUGUUAUGUUGUUGCUUUUGUGGGAGGCUGGUUCUGAAGCAAUUAGAUAUUCCAUGCCAGAAGAAACCAAGAGUGGAUAUUUGCUGACUAAUCUGGCAAAAGAUCUGGGGCUCAGGGUAGCAGAACUGACCACUAGAGGGGCGCGAAUCCAUCAUAGAGGAAACAAAGAGCUCUUGCAAAUGGAUGCUGAAACCGGGAAUUUGCUCCUGAAGGAAAAACUAGACCGCGAGGAGCUGUGUGGGGCGACAGAACCCUGUGUGCUCCACUUUCAGCUCAUACUGGAAAACCCUGUGCAGUUCUUCCAAACUGACCUGCAGCUCACAGACAUAAACGACCAUUCUCCAGAGUUCCCUCACAGGGAAAUGCUCCUAAAGAUCCCGGAGAGCGCCCAGCCAGGCACUGUGUUUCCUCUGAAAGAGGCUCAGGACCCUGACAUAGGCAGCAAUGCUGUUCAGAACUACACAGUCAGCCCCAACCUCCACUUCCAUGUCAUUACUCACAGUCGUGCUGAUGGCAGGAAAUACCCAGAGCUGGUGCUGGACAGAGCUCUGGACAGGGAGGAGCAGCCUGAGCUCACUUUAACCCUCACUGCUGUGGAUGGUGGGUCUCCACCCAGGUCUGGAACCACCACAGUUCACAUUGAAGUCGUGGACAUCAAUGAUAAUGCUCCCCAGUUUGUACAGUCGCUCUAUGAGGUUCAGAUUCCUGAAAACAGCCCCCUUGGGGCGUUAGUUGUGGCAGUUUCUGCCAGGGAUUUAGAUGUGGGACCUCAUGGGAAUGUAGCCUACUCUCUGUUUCAAGGUGGUGGAGCUUCUCUGCCAUUUGUUAUAGACGAGGUCACAGGAGAAAUUCGCCUUAAAAUGCCAUUGGAUUUUGAGGCAACUCCCUAUUAUAACAUGGAAAUUGUAGCAACAGACAGCGGUGGCUUUUCAGGAAAAUGCAGUGUAGCUAUACAGGUGUUGGAUGUGAAUGACAAUGCCCCUAAACUCACAAUAUCUUCGCUCACUAGUUCAAUCCCAGAAAAUGCUCCUGAAGCUGUAGUUGCUGUUUUCAGUGUUUCUGAUCCAGAUUCUGGGGACAAUGGAAGGAUGGUGUGUUCUAUUCAGAACGAUCUUCCAUUUCUUUUGAAACCCACAUUCGAGAACUAUUACACUUUAGUGACAGAGGGGCCACUGGACAGAGAGAGCAGAGCUGAGUAUAACAUCACCAUCACAGUCAGCGACAUGGGCACACCCAGGCUCUCAACCCAGCACACCAUAACAGUGCAGGUCUCUGACGUCAACGACAAUGCCCCCGCCUUCACACAAAGCUCCUACACCCUGUUUGUCCAUGAGAACAACAGCCCCGCCCUGCACAUAGGCACCAUCAGAGCCACAGACUCAGACUCAGGCUCCAAUGCUCACAUCACUUACUCGCUGCUGCCUACCCACGACCCGCAGCUGGACCUCUCCUCGCUCAUCUCCAUCAAUGCCGACAACGGACAGCUGUUCGCGCUCAGGGCGCUUGACUAUGAGACCCUGAAGAGCUUCAAUUUCCUCGUGGGGGCAACAGACCAAGGCUCUCCUGCGCUCAGCAGCCAGGCGCUAGUGCACCUGCAGGUGCUGGACGCCAACGACAAUGCGCCCUUCGUGCUCUACCCGCUGCAGAAUGCCUCUGCACCCUUCACAGAGUUGCUGCCCAGGGCGGCAGAACCUGGCUACCUGGUCACCAAGAUGGUGGCGGUGGACCGGGACUCUGGCCAGAAUGCCUGGUUGUCGUUUCAGCUGCUCAAGGCCACGGAGCCAGGACUGUUCAGCGUAUGGGCUCACAAUGGCGAGGUGCGCACCUCCAGACUGCUGAGUGAGCGCGAUGCGCCCAAGCACAGGCUGCUGCUGCUGGUCAAAGACAAUGGAGAUCCUCCGCGGUCUGCCAGUGUCACUCUGCAUGUGCUGGUGGUUGAUGGCUUCUCUCAGCCCUACCUGCCUCUGCCUGAGGUGGAGCGCGAUCCAGCUCAAGAGAAUGAGGACAGACUCACGCUGUACCUCGUCAUUGCCUUGGCAUCUGUGUCUUCGCUCUUUCUCUUGUCUGUGCUGCUGUUCGUAGGAGUGAGGAUGUGCAGGGGGGUCAGGGGAGCCUCGCUGGGUAGCUGCUCUGUGCCUGAGGGACACUUUCCUGGACACCUGGUGGAUGUCAGCGGCGCUGGGACCCUGUCACAGAGCUACCAGUAUGAGGUGUGUCUGACUGGAGACUCUGGGACUGGUGAGUUCAGUUUUCUGAAACCCAUGAUUCCCAACUUACUGCUUCAGGAUGCUGGGAGAGAAGUCAAGGAAAGUCCCCAUUGCAGGAAUAGCUUUGUCUUCAAUUAACUGUUGUAUCUAGUUCAGUGAAUUUAUAUUUUGGCAAAUCUCUAACAAUAUAGUUCUCUUAAGAAAAUGAGUCACUUUAAUCAAAGUAUUGGCAUUGUAUUGAAACAUAUGCAUGUUCUCCAUUGCUAAAAUGUGGUUUUUUUCUUUCUUGCUCUCUUUAGUUAUUUCAGGUAUAGUGAAUAUUAAGAACACAAAUUUUUCUAUAUUUCACCUUAAUGUUUAACUUUAGCUCAAGUAUUAUGCAACAAAAUGAAUUCACUUUCCCUGUUUUGUGUGUGAGUGGUUUUGUUUUGUUUUUUGUUUUUUUGCCUGUUUGGUUUUCUUUUUUAAAGACAGAUUCUCACCAUGUAACUCUGGCUGUCCUAGAACUCACUGUGUAGUUCAGCUAGCCUCCAACUGUUAGACAUUCAUCUCUCCGUCUCCCACAUGCUGACUACUUUACUGUUUUCACCCCAAAAUUUCAAGUUUUUAUGGCCCAGGUGUUUACGGUUUUUUGCUUUAUGUUAUUGCUGUUGGAUAUUAAAUCUAAGACCUCGUAUGUGCUAAUCAUCCAGUCUGUUAGUGAGCUUUACUCUCAGCUGAAAUUCCUUAUAAUCAUUACUAACAAACAUAGUUGUCUUCCAAUUAUAAACAUUCCCUGGUUAAAAUAUCGAGACACUAGAAAUGUGACAUUUUCCUUCUUUUGUGGACCAUAUAUGUUGCAUUAUUUGUCCACCACAUACCUAGCACAUUUUAUAUAAAUAUUUAUUUAACAAUUCUUUUGUAACUAUUAAAGGGAUAACCUUGUAUAUUAACGAUUUGCCACCUCUAUCACAAAACAAAAGUAUUACAGACUGAGAGUAUAAUCCUUGGUAGACCAUCCACACAUGCCAGGCUCUAGGUACACUUCCAGGCUCCAGAAAGGAACAAGCAAACAGACAAAUAACCCCGCCUAUUAAAUCAUUGCUUGACACAAUAGCGUUUGAAACCUAAUCUGAAUAGUACAAGUAAGCACUCGGGUCCUCCAAAGAAUCAAGACUUUUGAUGAUCUCACUUUAUCCCUUUGUCUUAGUAAUAAAAGUGUAAAUGGAGCACUUUGGGGUUUUCUGUUCAUCUCAGCUGUGACCUUGAGGUCUAGACCCACCUGACCUCUGGGCACAACUACGGAGGGGUAUCGUGCUUAGGGAAAUUGAGGAGAAAGAGCAUGGUGGGUGGCACCACUCCCUAGGCUAAGAUUCUGGACUAUAUGAAGAGAAGAAAGUGGGCUGAGCACAAGCCUUCUAUGCUCUCCUCUUCCUGCCAAAACCCUUCCUACUUUCCCCUAGAAAUAGGAAAUGUACCUAAGACAGCAUGCAUGGUUAAAUCAUAUCAGAAACCACACUCGGAGACUCGUGCAUUCUAAGACAGCAUACAUGGUUAAAUCAUAUCAGAAACCACACUCAGAGACUUGUGCAUUCUAAGACAGCAUGCAUGGUUAAAUCAUAUCAGAAACCACACUCAGAGACUUGUGCAUUCUAAGCCUUCCGCUGUGGCCCUGUCUCUGGUACAUAUGUUUCCUCUGGUUUUCCUGCAGCUCCUCUUCCCCUUUCAAAAGACUCUGGGAAUUUCAGUAUUUUAUUUGGUUCUGGUUAUUAGUUCUGAUACUUUUCAUUUUAUAUUGUUUGGUAGCUAUGGAAAGCAAAACAGUUCUUUUUGUGAUAUUUAAUUAUCACUUGUUUGGUUACCUGGUGUAACCGUGAAGUAUCCUCGGUCAAUUUAAUGUUUCAAUUGUGCUGCCUGUUUUGGUUCUUAAUUGAUUUGAACUAUAAUGAAUUAAACUGGAAUUAUAAUUAACUUAUAUUAAAUGAAUCAAGUAAACUUAUUAUGUGAUUUCCAAAAAAAUACAAUUGCAGGAUUACUUAGCUUUCUCCAAAAUAUGAACAAGUGAAGAAUUUGGUAUACAAUAUAAUAUCUUUACAUGUUUUGCUUUUUAUUUAGUAUAUAUUCAUUGUACAAAGCGAUGGAUUCCCUUAUAAAUUUUCCAUGCAUGUAACAAAUGUAUACAGAUUGAUCAUGUUUAUAUUUUGUUUGUUUUUAAAUAUCAAAUGUCAUUCCCAUAGAGUUUAAGUAUUUGCAUCUUUCCCUGAAUUAGUGUUCCCUCCCAUAAUGAAGUAAUGAAAUAUAGAAUGAAAAUCGAUGACCACCCCUUAUCCUUGAGAUGUAAUUUUGGUUAUCCAAUUUUAAAAUUGAAAUGAGAAAGGGGUAAAAGUAAGAAGAAGUAAAUACAAACAUAAUAUGUAAGUCUCAAUAUGACAAACAACUUUAACGACCUGCCAGUUACGUGCCAAGAUGCCUCUUCUGGUGUGGUGCCCAUUACUCAGGAUACCAGCCUGAACUAAGUAUGCAGUACUCAAGAUGCCAGCCUGAACUAAAAGAAGCCAAAUUCUGUUGUUGUAGCCCAACAGUAGGACAUUUGCCUAAUAGGUUCAAUCUCCCCAGCAUUAGGAAGAAAAAAAUAUAUAUCCCUCUUUCUUCAUGGUUGAAUAUUACAAACAGUCCAAUAUUUUAAAAUGUGAAAUUAAAGAUUAUGCAUAUGCUUGGUAGAAUUCCCUCCAACCUAGAUGGAUUAUCUGACAUCAGAAAAACAACCAUAAAACUGACUAAUAAUCAACAGGUUUUUUACAUAGCCACUAUAACUAAGUAGCCUCUGACAGCACGGAAAACUUGAGCUAGGGUCCGUUUUCCUGCCCAGGACACUUGUCGACUCAGAAGUCCAGAAAAGAAGACAAAAAAUAAUUUGGAAACCCUCUAAAGGCAGAAUGAGAUUUUGUACAAACUACAAAGAUUAUAGGUUGGGAACCACCUGGCAGAGCUGAUGUAGAGAAUUCAUGUUUGUAACUUGAAAUUUGCCAAAAUUACUUGCUUUUAAGGACAUCAGAGAAUCCUGACCAAGUUUAGUGCCUGUUUGAGUUGGCGUGACUGUAGGAGGUAGAGCUCUCUCAAACCAUGAGCAAAGGAUGAGCUCUUCCUGGAAGAGGAUAAGAGCAUCAUGAUUGUGGGCAGACUCUACAUCAUACCAACAAUCAGUAGGUGUACAUCACAAAACUGGGCGAUAUAAAGAAAACCAAGAGGAGAAAACAUAACACAAUGAUCUAGAAGAUGCAUUGCUAGAAUAAAACAACAAUGUCAUCGAAAUAAAAUGGCUAAUAUUUUUGAAAAAAGGGAUGACUGAGCAAAUAAAUAGACAAUUGAUAUUUAAGACUCAAUGUCAAUUCUGUAACAAAAACAUAUGUUUCAUACAGCUACAUGAAUGGUAAAAGUUCACGGAAAUAUAAAGGGAUACAGAAUUAAUGGAUGGAAUGCAUGUCUAUAUGAAAUACAUGAAAUUAUUGCAAGACAAAUCUUUUAAUUCUUGAAGAGAUGGCUCGGCAGUUAAGAUCAAGUGGAUCUCGGUCUGGUUUUCAGCAGCCUCCCCUUGUUGGGGGGUUACAGCUGCCUUCACUCCAGCUCUCAGAGAGCCAACACCUCUUCAAGGACGUUCACACUUUUUGGACAUUUAUUCACAUACACAUUAAAAAUAAACAUACUUAAAAAGAAGACUUUCAUCUCUGGAGUAAUGAAGACAACAGAGUGUUAUGUGACCAUCGGAGAGAAACUGGAGCACUGGGGCAGACCUGCAACCACCCUGAUUCAGGACAGCGAUAACCCUGAGAAGAGGGUGCAUCUGUUUGCAACGUGAUGUAAAGGAGAUCAAGAGCUCCAACUUAAUUCAUCCAACACAUAUUUUAAAUCAAUAGGUUUAUACAGCAAAAGAAAACAUU